CAACAACAAGCAACAGAAGAAGAAGAAAUGGUUCCUACCACUAGUCUUCUCUCUACUCAUAUCCACCAUACUCAUACUCCUCACCAUCUUCAUCUCUUCAGAUUCAACCUCCUUACUCUACCUCUACCGUUCACGCCUCAACACUCACCAUCAACUUCCCAAUUUCGUUGAGUCCAAGCUCAACCUCUCUCCCACAUCUUCCAUUAACACUGUUCCAAGGAUCGCCUACUUGAUCUCCGGUUCAAUGGGAGACGGUGAAACUUUGAAGAGGACUCUCAAGGCGCUUUACCAUCCAAGGAACCAGUACGCUGUUCACCUCGAUCUUGAAGCUCCUGCGCACGAAAGACUGGACCUUGCUAAGUUCGUCAGGGAAGAGCCUUUGUUUGCUGCUGUUGGGAACGUCAGGAUGGUGGUCAAGGCUAAUUUGGUAACUUACAGGGGACCUACCAUGGUUACAAACACGCUUCACGCUGCUGCCAUUUUGCUCAGAGAUGGUGGUGACUGGGACUGGUUCAUCAACCUUAGCGCUUCGGAUUAUCCGUUGGUCACACAAGAUGAUCUGCUACAUACACUAUCAUCUAUUCCGAGACAUCUAAACUUCAUUGAGCACACCAGUGAUAUUGGUUGGAAAGAGGAUCAGAGAGCGAAGCCGGUUAUAAUUGAUCCAGCUCUUUAUAGCGUCAAUAAAUCUGAUGUGUUUUGGGUGACAGAGAGAAGAAGUGUGCCCACACAAUAUAAGCUGUUUACAGGCUCUGCUUGGAUGAUGCUAUCGCGCCAAUUUGUUGAGUACUGUUUAUGGGGAUGGGAUAACUUGCCUAGAAUAGUCUUGAUGUAUUAUGCCAACUUUCUAUCCUCCCCUGAAGGCUAUUUCCACACUGUCAUCUGCAAUGCUGACGAAUUUCGCAACACCACGGUCAACCAUGACCUUCACUUCAUAUCAUGGGACAACCCUCCAAAACAGCAUCCGCACUACCUUACAGAUAAUAACUACCAGAAGAUGGUGGAAAGCAAUGCUCCUUUUGCUCGGAAAUUUGGCCGGAAGGAACCAGUCCUGGAUAAGAUCGAUACUGAACUCUUGGGACGAAAUGAGGAAGGUUAUGUUCCUGGCAAGUGGUUCAAACAAGUAAAUCCUAACACCAGCAAAUCAUAUUCUGACAUAAGAAAUAUCACUGAACUGAGGCCUGGCCCCGGCGCGGAAAGGCUUAAACGCCUUAUCAAUGGUUUGUUAUCAUCAGUGGUCUCACGAAAUUGCUUAAUACUCGAGAAAAAUCAAAGCAGCAAAGGCAAGAAAAGCAGAACAUAAAAGGAUUGGUUCUUGUUUCCCUUGGAACUCAUAUUUCACACUAAUUUUAACACGAUGGACCACAAGCUAAGAUUUGUAGUGAAUAUGUAUCAAUUGGGUUCACAUGAUUUUUUGAAUUUUUACUGGAUGUCAAAUGACAAAGUCAUCCAAUGAGAUUGGUGUACACUGUAGAAUGUCUUUAUUAUAAUAUAUAUAUAUACAUAGCAAACCGAGAGAAGAGGCUCAGAAAUAUAAUAAUACACGGGUUGUAAUGCAUGAUAUUGGAAUAUACCGCUGUUAAGUUAUAUAUCCCUUUUUCUAGUUUCAAGUUAA